GCAGUGGGCUGUAGUUUGUUGAAGGAUCAGAGUACACGCGUUUAGCACGUGUUUAUUCCAUGGCAGCGCGUUACUCUUGCAGAACACGGCAUUCUUUAACUAAGUUUGAUCAGUUCAGUGAAGGCAUUCUCUGUCUUUUAAACAAACAGUUUACCUGUCCAGCUAGUGCUGAGGUUGAUCAGCAUCGAGCACAAGGCUGCUUAGUUUGCCCCACAGAAGAUAUGCGGGAAGACACACGUCUGUCUGAUCUGUUAUUGUCAGACUUGCAAGAGAGACAAUGGUUAGGUACACAGUGUUAUUUGUAGAUUGACAUAUUCAAUUUUUAAAUAGUGAACUAUAAGCCCAUCCCUCAUUUUAUGAAAUCUUGAUUUCUAUUAAGUCAUUUUUUGAAUGCUUAAUGGCUGGUUGAUCUUCUAAUGCACUACCGACACCACACUGGGUAAAUUCCCUUUAGAAUAUAAAAAUAAUUUUUUUUUUCUACAUUUUAAUACCUCCUUGACUUCCUUUAACAUUUCAGUAUUAUGUGACAUCCUUUGUCCGGAUUUUUAUGGAGUGACAUAGCCAUCCUAAGUUGUAGUAUUGCUAGGCAACUGUAGAAUAUGGUCGAGUCUGUGACGUAUAGUGGGGAGGAAGGAGAUCACAGGGAUAACUUGAGCACAGAUGAGAAUAAGGAUGCACCCAAGCCUGAGGAGCCACCACUGUGCAUGCUCGACAUGCAAGCAGACCCGAAGGAGCAAGCCCAGAAACCCGGUUCCUGGAAGUGGUCCGUGGUCUUCCUGUGUUUCUACGGCUUCAUGGUCCAGCUGAAGCCAGGCGAGCCCUUUAUCACACCACAACUGCUGAGUCCUGAGAAGAACUUCACCCGAGAACAGGUGACCAAUGAGAUCAGCCCAGUGCUCUCUUACUCCUACAUGGCUGUGCUGGUGCCCGUGUUUCUGCUGACCGACUACCUACGCUACAAACCUGUCCUGGUCCUCCAGGGCCUCAGCCAAGUCUCCAUCUGGCUCAUCCUGUUUCUUGGCACCUCCCUGCUGCAGAUGCAAUUUAUGGAGUUUUUCUACGGGGUCACCAUGGCGGCUCGCGUAGCCUACUCAUCCUACAUCUUCUCACUGGUGCCGGCAGGCGUUUACCAACAGGCGGCUAGUUACUCUCGCUCCUCCGUCUUACUGGGCGUGUUCACCAGCUCUGUGAUGGGUCAGCUGUGCAUGUCACUGGGGCAUGUCACGUACAGGAUGCUCAGCGCUGUCUCGCUUGCCUUCGUCUCGUUCGGCCUCCUGCUGUCCCUCUGCUUGCCGUGGCCUAAACGCAGCCUGUUCUUCAACCAGAGCCAUCUGGAGGAGCAGGGGGCCUCCCACCCACCUGAGCUCGACGAGAUCAAGCGAGACAGAGGGGCCAGCAAGGCCCCAUCGUCAGGCUGUGAUGGAGGCGGUGCCCCCUGCUGGGCAAACUGUGUGUUUGUUGAGAUGUUGAAGGAGUUAAGGAAUGUUGUGAAUGUGUCUAACCUAAGACUCUGGAGCCUGUGGUGGAUCUUCAACUCCACUGGCUAUUACUUGGUGGUGUUCUAUGUGCAUAUAUUGUGGAACAAAGUUUACCCUGCCACAGAUCAAAAACAUGUCUACAAUGGAGGGGUUGAAGCAGCCUCCACGUUGCUUGGUGCCAUCACAUCAUUUGUGGCCGGCUUCGUGAAGAUCCGAUGGAACGUGUGGUCAGAGCUGGUGAUUGGUCUCAUCACUGCUUCACAGGCUGGCUUGCUGCUUCUCAUGGGCUCUACCAACAACAUCUGGGUAUGCUAUGUAUGCUACGUCCUCUUCCGUGGCUUCUACCAGUUCCUGGUGCCUAUUGCGACCUUCCAGAUUGCCUCCUCUCUCACCAAAGAGCUAUGUGCUCUGGUGUUUGGUGUGAACACUUUCCUGGGAACCAUCCUGAAGAGCAUUAUAACUCUAAUCAUAGUGGAUAAAAGAGGUUUGGCUCUGCCUGUGCAUUCCCAGUUUUUUGUCUACUUCUUCUACUUCCUCUUGCUGACUGUGGUGUACCUGGGCUGUGCGGCGUGGGUCAUCACAUGUCAUUGCCGCAGUCAGAGGGAGAAGCAGGUGCCUGUAGAGUUGGGCCAGGUGGAACCAUUCAGCUCUGAGACAGACCCUCUAACCAACAGAACUGGUGGGAAGUAACAAGGCUGUUGAGUUCAGUUACAGCCAUCUGUCCUGUUCUGAGAGGUUCCCGAGAGACUGUGUGUAAUUGUCUACACAUAAAAACCAAGGUGUACAUGUGACACACAUUCCCAAUGACUGAUGAUGUGUAAAGGUCUUUGUUGGAUUCAGGGUGGAGCUGUUCUGGGGUCUGACGUUGCUGAUAAAUUUCCACUAUGGACCAAGAGGCUGGAGUUGAAAGAAGUGCCUUACAAGUUUCUGAGACUUAACCUGUUUCUCUGUACUUCCUCAUCUUUUAAACACCGUUCUAUUUGAACAACCGCCAAAGUAGUUUUGGUGUAAUGGUGGAGAGCAGUUGAUGCAUCUUCAUAGUUGGUGGGAGAGUCAGAUGCAGGCAGUAACCUGAGUUACCUGAGAGUAUAGACUUCAGGUUUGUUUCUGAGAGAAGUAAAAUUCUUUCAAUUCUUUGUUUUACCUUUUUCUUUUUUUUAUUGGGCACCUUCUUGGAUUUCUCUGUUGCACAGAGUUAACUAGUUGUUAAUUAUUACUUGUCUUUAAUUUUUUAGUCACCAAUUUACAUGUUUUAGAUAUUUAAAAUGUGAAAUUUUGUUGAUGACCUCAUUAAAAAUAAAAAAGAAAGAAGCUAUAGCAGCAGAUUAAAAUGUUGGUAAUGCUGGUAAUAGCUGUGGUUCCAGGAGGUUGGUCAGGGCCAACAGGGCUGAGCAGAACAGCUGCUGUCUGGCGUGGUGUUUGGCAGGAGAAAGAGUGCUUUGUGUCAGUAUUGCAGUCCGACGUCGUCCGUUAACGAACGUGGACUGUGCUAAAUGCUGAGAGGUCGAGUCAGUGCAGUGAAUGUUUUGUGCUGUACGCACUGAAGGAAGAGAGGAACUCCUCAGUCAGACCCUGACAUCACAUGGUGUUGCUUGGUACUAAUUACAGAUCUUUGAUGCUAAUGGUUCUUGUAAAACUUUGGAGCACUUUUGGUCCCAAACGGCUGAAUUAGACGCACACAAUGGUUUUUAGUAGUAUAAGCAAAUUAAUUGUGGAACAUUUUAACAACAAUGAUAUGUUCUCUUUUAGCACGUGUAAUUGUGAUAUUGGCAGAAGCACACUUCUCUAUCCCUCUUCUGGUAUUACAUGGACCAAUUAGGAAUGAUAAUGUAAAAUAUUUGCGAGAGAAUUACCAUUUUAGCAUUAUCUUAUUAGUCUGUCAUGACCGAGCAAGAUCUUUGGUGUGUGGUGGUGGCAAUGGACAAGGCAGCCAGUGCUAAUUAUAUUUCAUUUUUCUGGCAACAAAAAUAUUUGCUGUUAACAUUGAUCAGUAUCACCUGUUUUCUAUUAGAAUGUCUUAGAAAUGGCACACUGCUAUAAGGAACCCUAGCACCUCUACUGUUCAUUAUUUAAGACACCUAAUUCACACCCUGGCGACUCGAGUAUGACAUUGCCGUGCGGCCAGAUUUGUGUGUAACUCUUGGCUGGGGGAAUUUCGCAGCACUACAGCCUCUGAACAUGAGCACAGGGCGUAGAAAGUAGUGAGGCGUGUCAAGCCAGGAGCCAGCUCAAGAGGUUUUUGGCAAGCCCAUUUAUGAGUAGCUGGUUUCAUAAAUGCUUCUGAUUUUUUAAAAUGCUUCUAAUUAAAAAAAAAGAAAAAAAAAAAAAAA